CCGAGCAGCGCCGGAACCUCUCCAAAUUAAGACUCGGGUGAGCUCAUCAGGCUCAGUUCAUCCCUCUCGUGAGAUACAGAUAGCCUCGCAAAUCAGGGAUCAGCGUGUGAUGGGCAGGCAGCCGUGCUGCGAGAAGGUUGGCCUGAAGAAGGGGCCAUGGACGGCCGACGAGGACCAGAAGCUGGUCACCUUCCUCCUCUCCAAUGGCCACUGCUGCUGGAGGCUCGUCCCCAAGCUCGCAGGGCUGCUCAGGUGUGGGAAGAGCUGCCGGCUGAGGUGGACGAACUACCUGCGGCCCGACCUCAAGAGGGGCCUCCUUUCCGAAGAGGAGGAGAAGCUGGUCAUUGACCUCCACGAGCAGCUCGGCAACAGAUGGUCCAAGAUUGCGGCACGGCUCCCCGGGAGGACGGACAACGAGAUCAAGAACCACUGGAACACCCACAUCAAGAAGAAGCUCAAGAAGAUGGGCCUUGAUCCCGUCACUCACCGGCCGGUGAUGUCACUCGCUCAGCCUGAUCCCCUGAAGCAGCAGCAGCAGCAGCAUGAACCGUCCGUCUCCGGCGGCACCGGUGCCGACGACAAGGAGGAGGAGGAGGAGGAGACGCCGACGAGCGCCCAGCCACAGGGCGUCGCUUGCGCUGCUUCAUCCGCCUCCGCCGUGUCGUCGUCAUGCUCCUCGUCCGCCUCGGCCUCCGCCGCGACACCCGGCGCGGACGUGGACUGGCCCGGCCUCUUCGAGGUGGAUGCCAUUCUUGACAUUGACUGGGCUGGCUUAUUGUCUGCCUGCGGCGACGAUGGCGGCUGCAGCGCCAUUGGCGUCGAUAUGUUGUUCGACCAAUGCUCUGACGUUGGCUUUGAUCAAGAUGUGUGGAUGUGAUCCUGAUCCUGACAGGAGAGUUUACGUCCGUGAGUAGAAUUAGAUUGGCCGUGAAGUUGAGAUUCAUAUCUUCUUCUUUCACUCUUCUUUGUUUUCCUAUAUUGAAUUCGUCCAUGACAAGCAUGCAUAUUUGUUGACAAUGAAGAAGAGAAGAAAUGGUUUGGUGUGUUUUGUGAUAAAAAAUGUAGAAAGUGUUCAAGCAGUUGCAGUUCACUUCAUUUCGGGGAAUCCAUCCCUUAUGAGCAAACAUCAAAA